CCGCCGAGUCGUGUGGCCGAGUGCCAUUCGCGGUUGAGCGGUACACGUAAGACAUCUUCCCUUGUUGUACACAGUGACGGACGAGAAUGUACGAGGGAAAAAAGAAUUUUACUGAUUUUGUACUUUCGAUCGCAAGGCAUUAAAGAGAAAAAUGUUAAUGUCAAAGCGAAAACGUUACGCUCGAAGAUCUUUAGUAGGUGUUGGCUGUCUAUGACGAGUGUAUAUAGUAAGAGGAGGUGUGGUGGCUAUACAGUGUACAGCUCGAGAUAAAUACACGUGACAACCUAGUUGAGUUAAUUUCGCAUGCAUUAAAACGUGACUAAAAUUUCACGAAACACUGUUACAACUGUAUUUACAAGAUUUUGACACUUACUGUGCUACAGAUAAAUCUCUGAAUUCUUGAUGAAUUAGUAGUUUUCAGCAACGGAUUCUAUGGAUCUUGCUUGAUGUCUGUUGCAAGGAAAUCAUCAGUGGACUAUUAUCAAGAUAGACAUAUGCUUCCAAGGAUAGACUUGCGUGAAUUGAUACAGAUAAAAUGUCGUGGAUAGCAAAGAACUCGCUGACUUGGUUGCAAUCUAUUGCUAUCAAAGUGCUAAAAGCUGGACAUGUGCCUAAACAUGUUGCCUUCAUUAUGGAUGGCAACAGGAGAUAUGCAAAAAAGACUGGAGUUGAGAAAAUUGAGGGACACAAACAAGGUUUUAAUAAACUUGCGGAAGUCCUGCAGUGGUGUUUAGAAUUUGGCAUUCCAGAAGUGACAGUUUAUGCAUUUAGUUUGGAAAAUUUCAAAAGAACUGAUGAGGAAGUCAGAAAUCUUAUGGAUCUUGCCAAGGAAAAGUUUCAAAGACUUUUGGAUGAAAAGGAUAAAUUGAUGGAACGUGGUAUAUGCGUUAGAGUAAUAGGCAAUUUAUCUUAUGUACCUCCAGAUGUACGAAAGCUUAUGGUUGAAGCUAUGCAAAUUACUAAGGACAACAAUAAGGCAAUUUUGAAUGUUGCAUUUUCUUAUACUUCCAGAGAUGAAAUAACAAAUGCUGUGAAAGAUGUUGUUAAAGGUGUAAAAAGUGGUGAGAUUUCUGUAGAUGAUAUAGAUGAGGAUUUAAUGUCAAAGUGCCUUUACACGCACAAUUCUGAAGAUCCAGAUUUACUUAUCCGUACCUCUGGAGAAGUUCGGUUUAGUGAUUUUCUAAUGUGGCAAUCAACAUAUACCUGCCUGUAUUUUACAACAGUUCUUUGGCCAGAAUUCAGCGCUUGGGACCUUAUCUAUGCAGUGUUUUAUUAUCAGAGGUGUUACAGUGAUCUUAUGAGAGUGAAAAGUGAUAUAAUACAAAUAAAAAGCCAAAACAAAGAUUCUGAGUUAAAUGAACGAACUAGCAAAUUUGUUAAUAGAUUAUAUAAACAAAGGGAAUUACAGCUUGAAGAUGAUAAUACUGCUACAAUGAUCAAGUGAAUAUAUAGAUUAUUUUUAAA